GGCGAGGCUUUCAGUUGUAGGAUGGAUCCAGACGGUGGGGCAGAUUCUCAAAAAGCUGUCAGUUUGCAGUGGAAGAGCUACAAACUUGUCCAGGAUCCAGCCAUUCGUCGAGUUGCACAGAAAAUCUACAGAUAUGAUGGAGUGCAUUUUAGUGUGCCAGACUCUGGAUUUCCUCCUGUGGGUGAACUGCGGGACCCUAGACCCCGGAGACUAUGGUCCAGGUAUACAGAAAUGUCCCUGCCAGUGCCAAAGUUUAAGCUUGAUGAGUUUUAUGUGGGUCCCAUACCCCUCAAGGAGGUGACCUUUGCUAGACUGAAUGACAACAUCAAGGAGCCCUUUUUGGCAGAAAUGUGUGCAAAGUUUGGUGAGGUGGAGGAGAUGGAGAUCCUGUUUCACCCCAAGACCAGGAAACACUUGGGCCUGGCCAGGGUGCUGUUUACCAGCACCAGAGGAGCUAAGGACACAGUCAAGCAUUUGCACAACACUUCUGUCAUGGGUAACAUCAUUCAUGCUCAACUGGAUAUAAAAGGCCAGCAGAGGCAGAAGUAUUAUGACCUGAUGGUAAACGGGUCCUACACUCCUCAGACUGUGCCCCUGGGAGGCAAGGCUUUGACUGAUAGGCUCCAGCCUCCGGCCCCAGCACAGCCGCAGCCACAGCCUGACACGUCAUCGGAAGUCAGGCGGAGGCUUUCCAGUGAUCUUGCAGUUUUGGCAGCAGGGGUCCAGGCCCUAACAUCAGGAAGUGCCGACCCUUCCUCUGGGGAUGCUGGUUACAGUGAUCAGCGUCUGGACACGCCCCCCUCUUCCAUAUCAGGCCCCUUCACACCAGGCUCCACUGCUUCAUCUCAGGGUGCUGGAGGAGGGACACCGUACAGCUCCAGAUCUGGGACUCCUUUCUCACAAGACUCGGGCUACACUGGCGGAAGGAAUACUGGCUACAGCACUGGCACUUUAGGCAGUGGCUACCCUCCCCAGGACAUGCUCCCUUCUUCCUCCUCGUCUUCUGCAGUCUCCUCUACUGUUGGAGGAUACAAAGCAUCUCGUUUUUCAGAGGAUGCACAGGAACCUUCAGUGUUUCACCGAGGUCGCCCUAUAUACCCCCCGAACACAUCAUACCGUCCCAACGAGCCCCCAUGCUACCCCCCAUACCCCAAUGUUGCAGGGCCUGGGCCACACAUGGCGCACCACUCCUCAAUGCCUCCUCCACCUCUUGCCGCCCAAUUUGAUCAGCCCCCAAUGGCAGACAGGGACCGUGACAGAGACUCAGGGGGGCGUUACGGGCCGGCGGGGAUCGGCUCCAGAAGGUCGUCCUACCAGCAGCAAGACACAAACUCUUCCACAAAGUACCAUUCCCAUCACUCCCAUCACCACUCAGAGCGCAGGGAGGACAGGGCGUACCGGCGAGAUAGCCUGGGCUCCCGGUCUGGUGACCACGGCCACCAGAGACACCGCAACCACCACCAUUCUCACAAUCACCACGGCAGCAGCAGCCGCAGGAGGAGCAGCCAUGACCGGGACAGAGAUCGAGACAGAGACAGGGACAGAGACAGUGACUACUCCAACAGCUCUGACCCCAGAUACAAUUCCAACUCCUACCGUUCUUCCUCUAACAGCAUGUCUCCCCCCCCUUGCUCUUACACUGCAUACCCCACGUCCAAAGAGCCCGCUCAAGCCCCUCCUCAGGGAUUGGACUCUUCCACCCGUCUUGCAGGCACAAGCCUUGCAGAAAGGGGCUCCCUGCCGUCGGGUGGUGCUGACAAAGACUACCACACUGGUCACCACAGUGCUCUUCCCCCACUGCCUCCUCCGCCGCCGCCCCCCCUCCCGCCAGCCUCAGUCAUAGCAGCGGCUGUAGCUGAGACCCUGGGAACGCUGGACUUCAACCAGGACAGUCCGGCCCGGGAGGAGCAGUGGACAAAGCCAAAGCGCCGUCCCAGCACGCCACCAGCACCCCCAAAAACGCCCCCCCCUACCUCCUCGCCCCAACGUCCCAUUGCUUCUUCCUCCACCUCCCCAUCCUCUACCUCCCUUCCCCACCAUCUUCCCUCUUCCUCCAGCUCCCCACCUCAGCGUGACUCCUCCUCUCCAGAGCCAGAUUCCACCAAUGAGAGUUUACCGUUCGUCUACCACAGCAGCAGCCUGGACUCUCGUAUUGAGAUGCUCCUCAAAGAACAAAAGGCUAAGUUUUCUUUCCUUGCCUCCGACGAGGAGGAGGAAGAGGAUAGGAAGGAGGAGAAGCAGAGGGCUGUACGUGGGGACGGAGGCGAUCGAAGAGGUGAUGGGACAGGGGAGCACACCAGUGGUAACCUGGUUGGAGACAAUGGGGAGAAGGACCACAGGAAGAAAGGGGAAAGAGACAGAGGGAGGAAACGGGGAAAGGGGGGAGACGGUAGGAAGAGUCCCAGUUUACUUACAGCAGCCAUACCAUCCUCUUCCUCCUACUCCUCUCGCAUCCCCCCAGAAACUCAGCCACAGGUCGGCCUCACUGUGGCUGGAGCUUUGCAGGAGGAAUCUUCACACACUGGAUCUGCUGAUACACGCAGCAGGACAGGAGCACACACCCCCCCUUACAACGGACAGAGUCAGUCCUCCCCUCACUCCUCAGGAGAAGACAUGGAGAUCUCAGACGAGGAAGAGGAGGUGACUACCAUAACAACAGUGACCUCUCAUCAGGCCUCGCUCACCUCAGGUUCCUCCCCCUGUUCCUCCCAGGCUGCCAUGCCUUCACAAAAAGCGGACCACUCAUCUUCACCCCAACCGGACUCUGCACAGCACUUUGGCACCUCCAUGCACCCUCCCAUACCUUCCUACCCUCCACAUCUGCCUCCACCACCUCCUCCUGGUUACUCCCUCCAACCUCCACCUCCGCCCGGGAUCCCUCCCCUGCCCCACAUGGAGCUGCACCCUGAGUAUCCUCCCAUGCCCCAUCACAUGUAUGACUAUGCCUCGUCCAUGGAGCUGAUGAACCAGUACAGCGGGGGCGCUCCAAUGUCUUUCCAAAUGCAGACCCACAUGCUGAGCCGCCUUCACCAGCUGCGCGUGUCGUCCUCCAACGGGACCCCGGGCCCCGGCGAGGCCGCCACCGCUGACUACUCGUCCUACCAUCUCCACUCUAUGCCGCCGCCCCACACACACCACCCCUAUAUGGACCAAGAGGGGAGUGGAGCAGGCGCUCAUUAUGACCAGGACCACCGCUACAUGCCCCCCCACAUGCCCUACGCCUACCCUGACCCCCACAGCACCCAGAUAGCACCCCCUCCACACCAUGGCAUCCCGCCUCCCCAUACUGGUUGGCCGCAGCACGUCUUGCCCCCCCACUACGCCUCUUACAUGCCCCCACCGGGCUAUGGCACCAUGCUGCCCGGGGAGGGAGACGAAUACAGGGCUCCAGAUGGGGAGGAGAUGUCUCUGUUGCCUGACAAUCCGCAUGAAGCCACGGUGCAGAUGGUCCUGGGCACUCUGAUCCAGGAAAUGAAAAACAUCAUGCAGAGGGACCUGAACCGCAAAAUGGUGGAGAAUGUUGCCUUUGCGACUUUUGACGAGUGGUGGGAGAGGAAAGAGACCAAGGCCAAGCCUUUCCAGACAAUGGUUAGAGGGGUGUCUGCAUUACGGGACGAUGAGAAGAAAGAGGAAAAGAUCAACCGUCCUCGGGAGCCUCUCACGUCUCUUGUGGACUGGGCGAAGAGCGGCGGCAUGGAGGGUUUGUCUCUCCGAGGAGCAGUGCGACUUCCUUCCUUCAAGGUAAAGAGGAAAGAACCCCAGGAGCUUCAAGAGGGAGACAUGAAGAGGCCCCGACCCUCGACCCCACCAGACGAGGAUGACGAAGCUCGUGAGGGGAGAAUGCCAGAGGCCAGCAGACAUGGAGCUGAAAGAGACAACAAGAGGAGGAAAAAGAAGCCAAGGAAUCGUAAACCUUGGGAACUUGGCAGUGAGGGAGAGGAAACAUCUGACGACUCCUCCACUGAAAAGGAGGAUGAAGAGGAGGAGGGAAGUGAAAAGGCCUCUGAUGAUGACGCCCUUAGCGCUGAUAGUGAUGAUGAGAGCCUCUCCUCGUCCUCUGACGGCUCUUCGUCUUCAGGAUCUACAUCUUCCUCUUCCUCUGAAGAUGAGGAUGAAGAGGAAGGAGAGAGGGCUGAGAGUGAAGGGCCAGACUCCAUGGAUGAGUCGACCAUGGACAGCACAAAUGAGAAAGAUGGCAGGGAAAAUAAUGCAGGCUCUUUCUCGAAGGCAGAAGUCAAAACAGGUGAAGCCAAGGACAGCAAGGCAGAUACAAAAACAGCACCAAGCAAGCGUCCUCCAUCGCCCCCGUACCCCAGGCCUUCGUCCCCUAUUGUUCUUGUGCCCCCUCUCAAGAAACGCAGGAAGACUGUCUCGUUCUCCACAGGCGAGAACGACAGCAAGAUGCAGCUGCCGACUGUACCCGCAUCUCCAUCUCCCUCACAGCUGGCAGGUGAAUCUCCCUUUUUCUCCCCUGGGAGGCACCCAGACUCUCCCGUCACCGCUUCUCCAUCACCCACGGCUCGCCCCUCCAAGGGCAUCCAACUCCUUCCCUUCGCCUCCAAACCAGGGGAAGGCAAUGCCCUCAUUGUGCCCCCGUCUGGAUACCAAGAUUUUGAUGAAUGCAAAAAGGGACCUCCUGCUUCUCCUCAGACCCCCCUGAUCAAAUCCGCUGGCAAACGGGGUGCAGGGAAAGAGUCCCCCAAAUCUCCCGUCCCUCCUGUUAUGGUGUGCCGCACGGUGCAGAACCUGCCGCUGGACCACGCCUCUCUGUGCAGGAUGGCCUUCGAGGAGGCCCCUCCUCCACAUCCAGCCAACAAACGGUCCAGAGGCAGGCCUCGGACGGCCAGUGUGUCUGCGUCAUCCAGUCACUCCCUCAGAGAGGAAGACGAGGAGGAGGAAGAAAGUGAGCAGAGGCUGAGAUUCAGAGAGCAUCUGGGGGCAUCAAGCCUCCUGCAGCUUGCCUCAGCUUCAACCACUGACUUGUCUGUGUUGGCCGAUGUUGCUUUGAAAAUGGACCCUGACACUGGGGACUCAGAGGAGACAGAGACAUCUGAUGAGGCAGAAGAGCAGAAGAUGGAAGGCGAUCUCUUCUCCUCAGAGUCCCUGGCCCUGGUAAUGAGCCAAGGGGGUAUACUGGUCCUUACGGAACACAACUACUGCAAACCUCCUGUUCUCACAGUACCAUCCGGUACCAAAAGGACUUCCUCCAAAGACUCCUCAGUCUUGCUUCCAGCAGACCUUAACACUAUUUCUGGGGUGCUUGAAGCGCCAGAGGAGGUCAUUGGAGAAGCCCUUCCAUCCAGAGGAGAUAAAGGGGAAUUGUUAUCUACAAUGGGGGUGCUUUGUGAGUCUGAUGACGCCGGCCAGGCUGCAUCUCGACCUCCAUCGUCAAAGAAGAAAGCCGUAGUUGGGAAAAGUCCCGAACUUGAAAAGGAUAUGAGCAAAAAGUGGAGAAGGAAAGACAAAGAAAACCUUGAGCUUCAGCACACACAAAAACAGAAGGAGCAGCCAGGAAGCAAGAAACAGAGGAAGCGGAAACCAGAGGACUCAGAAGAAGAAGUCGAUGUGGAGGAGCUUGAGUCUGGGGAGCUUUCCAGCUCGGACACAGAGGACGAGAUUGUUGAAGACGUUCGGAAGAGUGAGCGUCUAUUUCUGCAGGAAGCAGGGGUAACAUCGUCCCAGCGCUGGCCAAAACCCGUCCCUGCAUCCGAGCCAACAGCAAUUAAGUAUGAUAACCGCAGUGAGUUUGAGCAGAUGACCAUCCUGUAUGAUAUCUGGAACUCGGGUCUUGACGGCGAGGACUUGAGUUUGCUGAAGAAGACUUAUGAGAAGCUGUUACAGGACAACCACAGCUCUGACUGGCUCAACGAUACUCACUGGGUCAAUCACACUAUAACCAAUUUGCCGAACCCUCGACGUAAGAAGAAGAACCCAGGUGGACAGCUGCGUCAGCAUGUGACCGGUUCUGCCAGAAGUGAGGGCUACUACGCCAUCAGCCGCAAGGAGAAGGACGUCUAUCUGGACUUGGACCUGCCAGAGCAGGUCAUCCGGGAGGUGGAGAAUGUCGACCUCUCGGGAGCAAACCGAGUGCUUUCAGAGAGACGCUCAGAGCAGCGCCGUCUCCUCACUGUCAUCGGCACCACGGCAGUCAUGGACUCUGACCUGCUCAAACUCAACCAGCUUAAGUACCGAAAGAAGAGGCUUCGCUUCGGACGCAGCAGAAUCCACGAGUGGGGUCUGUUCGCUAUGGAGCCCAUAGCUGCUGAUGAGAUGGUCAUUGAGUACGUGGGCCAAAACAUCCGACAGAUGGUGGCUGACAAUCGAGAGAAACGGUAUGCACAGCAGGGCAUCGGGAGCAGCUAUUUGUUCAGAGUGGACCACGACACGAUUAUUGAUGCCACCAAGCUCGGCAACCUGGCAAGAUUUAUCAACCACUGCUGCACUCCAAACUGCUACGCCAAGGUUAUCACAAUAGAGUCCCAGAAGAAGAUUGUGAUCUACUCAAAGCAGGCCAUUGCCGUCAAUGAGGAGAUCACCUACGACUACAAGUUCCCGCUGGAGGAAAACAAGAUCCCUUGCCUGUGUGGAACGGAGAACUGCCGCGGGACACUGAACUAGUGGAUAAGCUUUUCUUCCUCACCUGGCAACACCCAGACCCGGAACCCCACCUGGUUUACCCUUCGUAGAGUGUACUUCGAAACAAGGCCACGCUAUGAACCCCCCCUCCUCGCAUUACCCAGGAAACAGAGACACACACAUUUGCACUUUUCCUGCACACUUUCAUUCACUUGGCAGUUUCACAAGCCAGUGUGAGAGGUUAGUGUCACCUGGCAUGAGAAUACUAGUUGGGGGGCCUCCGCUUCAGCAGCUCUUUUGUGGGACUCCAUUGGUUGUUAUUUUUUAGCCAGGAUGUUUCGUGCAGCCUGGCGUCAUUUUUCUUUCUAUUUCCAUGCCACUAUCAGAUAGAAUUUAGACAAUAAAUAUAAAACAGAAAAUGAUUCUAUGUCUACGUCAGCUUACAUAAUCUACAUCCUGGAUCACUCUUGCCGUGUCCAAUCUCUCCCUGCACCCAUCCGCACAGAUCCGCACACAGACGCACAGGAAUAUCUGACAAAUUCAGGGUUUUUAAAAGUGCUUGUUUUUGGCGCACUUUUAAAAUGUCAAACUUCAUUCAAUUUGGUCUUCAGUUAUGCAAGAUUUCCAAGUGUGAAGAUUGUUUUGGAGCUUUUUUUAAAUUUCAUUUCAUAGUAUUAUAAAAUAAUAUUGCUAUUGCUGUUAUUAAUACAUUUGUUAUUUAGUUGCAUUAGCUGUAAGUAUCUUACAGUGAAAUGAACUUCAGUGUACCCAACCCACUGUCCUAUGUGGCUUUCACCAGCCUCAUGAAACCCUCAUUUUUCUUUUACACUCUGCAUUGCUCCCCUGAUUUGCCACAACCUUUCUUCUGGAUGAGAGAAAAAACCUUUCAAAUAUUGUUUUUGACCCUCGUGAAUAUAUGUCAGUUAUGUUGUAGCUAAAUUGUGUUUUAUUUGUAUUCCUCCGCUCCUGAAUUUUUGUCUGCAAGGACCAGCACAACAGGGAUUUAGCCUGUGUUUCUUUUUCCUUUUUUCCCCCAAAGUUAGAGCAAUGUUAAUCAAGUGUUGUGACGAGAACUAGAACCAUGUUUUUUUGCAUAAUCUCUCUAUCUGUUUAUCUGCGUUCCAUCAAAGCAAAGGUCAAAAGUAGGCACUGAAAACCACCAAACUCAGCCAGGUCCUGUUCAAAUCUGUGUUCAGUGUUUAACUUAGUCAGUCUGUGUGAUACAUAUGUUUUUAAAAGGCACAUUUAUUGGAUUUGGUCAGGUCUCUUGAAAUGGUUAGAUUGUAAAGUGUUUUUCCCUGUUUUGAGGGCCUUUCAAGAAUACAUUAGUAUGUAUUUUAUUUGAAAGUGUUGAGUGGUUCGGCCCGAAGAAACAUCUCUCCCUGAAAACGCAUCGGCCUAAUGUUAACAAGUGUCCAGCUUAGGAUCUGUUUGCAGUGUAGAUGGGUGGAAGGUAUACAUAGAUACGCUCCGUGGCUUUGCAAUACGCCACAGACAGCAGGAUGUAGAUGGCCCUUAUGUUGUGUCUCUGUUUUUCCCAUGGCUAUGGCCGUCCAAAGUUUAACUUUCAUUUUAAACUUUUAACUAAAGUUUGGUUUUAUUUUGUUCCCUCCCAAACAGGAAAAUGUGUAAGAUAUUUUGUGUUGCAAUGAAAGCGUUUCAUCACAAACAAACCCUCUUUGCUACAGUAUAAAAAGACGAAAUCAAAGAAGUACAUGUAAAUAUUGUAGAAGUGUUUGUUUCUCGUAGAAACACACUGAUUUCAAGCUGUAAAUAUGUUGUUCCUUUUCUUCUCUCCAUGAGGAUGAAACAUGUACAUACCUUCCAUUCAUUUAUUUUUUAUUGUUUUUCCUUUUAAUUUGAUGAUUAUUUUAAUAUUAUUUGCAAUAUUUCUUGUAUUAAUGCGUUGGACCCUUUAUUAAUGGUGCAUUAAAAUAUUUUUUAAAUAAAUGAAA